AUGUACUGUAUUGUAUUCAGUCUUUGGCUUCGAUAUCAACAGCAACAACAACGACCGUUGCGCAACGCUCCCUUCGCAUCCCAGUCAUCCGCUGUAAGGCCCACCCCAGUCCUAGACUCGUUUCCCCACCAUCUCUCCUUGAAUCGUUUCUAUCUCUCUGACGUAGCGAAUCCCUCAACCGAUUCCUUCCCACCCUCGAUCCCCCGUCCUUGCCGCUCCGUGCCUUUUCCUCUCUGCCCCGUCGCUUCUCCGCUCGUCCCCGUUCGUCCCCACUCAGCUCUGAGAUCAAACAUGGCGCCGGGCGGUAUGCUUCUGUUUAAUGUCGACGAUGGGUAUCUUGAAGGUAUUCUGCGCGGAUAUCGUUCGGGCUUUCUUUCCUCAUCCGACUUCGUCGCCCUGACCCAAUGCGAGUCACUCGACGAUGUCAGGAUGCAUCUCACGGCCACCGACUAUGGAAAUUUCCUGCAAAACGAGCCCACCCCGCUCUCCACCAAAACCAUCGCUGAGCACGCCACCAAGAAGGUCGUCGACGAGUUCCGUUUCAUCCGUGCGCAAGCCACGGGUACCCUUGGCCGCUUUCUCGACUUCCUGACCUACCCCUACAUGAUUGACAACCUCAUCCUGCUCAUCACGGGCACCCUCCACGACCGCGACAUCUCCGAGCUCAUCGACAAGUGCCACCCGCUCGGCCUCUUCGACUCCAUGGCCUCGCUCUGCAUCGCCUCCACCCCCGAGGAGCUCUACCGCGAGAUUGUCGUCGACACCCCGCUCGCCCCGUACUUUGUCGAGUGCGUGUCGCUGGAAGAUCUUACCGACAUCAACAUUGAAAUCAUCCGCAACACCUUGUACAAGGCUUACUUGCAGGACUUUUACGCUUACUGCAUCAAGAUGGGCGGAGCCACCGCCGAACUCAUGGGUGAGAUUCUCAAGUUUGAGGCUGACCGACGCGCCAUUAACAUCACCAUCAACUCGUUCGGUACUGAGCUGACCAAGCACGAGCGCGAGAAGCUGUAUCCUACUAUUGGCACCCUGUUUCCGGAGGGUAUCGUAAGACUUGCUCGUGCGGAUCACCCCCAGGCGGUCGCUUCCGCCAUCGAGCCGUACAGCACGUACAGGAAGCUCUUCCAAACGGCCGCGGAUAAUAUUGAUAAGAGCUUGGAGGACGCGUUUUUUGAACACGAAGUGCAUUUGUGCAAGCUGACCUUCGAGAUGCAGUUCCAUUAUGCCAUCUUUUACGCCUAUCUCAGGCUCAAGGAGCAGGAAGUCAGGAACAUAUUGUGGAUUUCGGAGUGUAUUUCACAAAAGCAAAAGCGAAGAAUUAACAAUUUUGUGACGUCGGCAUUCUCCUAG